AUGUCCACUUCCAUGGCACCUUAUGCAGCAUCGGGGUCUUUGCAUCACAGCAAUGGAGGCACACCUGUUCUAGCAUCCAAACAAAAUGGAUUCGUUCCUGUUACGGAUUCGCCCAUGUCUUUAGCCUCCAGCCUUGGUAACGUAUCGCUUGAUUCUACAACAAAACCAGGUCCAUGGACAUCUCGAACGAUGCCCCCUGGCACAACGGUGUCGGGCACAUACCCCUUGGGCACUGAUGCUACGUCUGGAAAGCCAGCUCCUCCCCGCUAUGUGCCGCGGGCAUCCAUGGAAAGCAUUGAUUCCCUUGAUGAGCCCUUUGGUGAAGCUACUAUGAUUAGGAGAAACGGCUCGCGUGUGAUGCGCUCAAAUGAGCUACGUUCUGUGCAAAGUGUUGCUGGACUUGGCCGUCAAUACACAUCGUAUGCAACGCCCGCUCAAGCUAUAGAUCCAGCACAUCAUUCCCAACCUUCAUCACCAGUGCGACAGAUCGCAUCUCCUCGCUCGAGCGUCCAGCUCUCUCGCGACAACUCACGCAGCUCCAACACAAUGGGUGUCUGCAUGAGAACCGCGAUGCUUCUUGGUCGCUGUGAAGUGCGUGUGAAUCCAGCCAUACUCUCAAGUGUUGCUCGCGCAUUUGAAGCUUUGAUUGUGCCAUUGUUACGUCCGAGCCAUGCUCAUCCUCACAUCCUGGUCUUUGAUGGGAAGGAGGCUAUCGAUAAGCUCCAGGAAAUUUGCCGCAUUGAUGACAGAAAUCUUGCUUUGCUUUUGGGACGUGCACUUGAAGCACAAGACUUUCUGCACGGUGCCUCGUCCUCUAGCCGCUUGCGCGACUCGGAGCAGGAAAUGUACCUUCUGACAAAUGAACCAAGUGCUCCAUGGAAGUCUUCGCCGGCAUCAUCCCGACAGAAUUCGUUUAGUUCUGGCUACGGUUAUGGUCGCCCCUCAUUCGGCGCAUAUGAGGCAGAGCUCGCCCAAUCAUGGCAUGAUUGCUCGGCGAUUGAUGAUACCAACGAUACCAUGUCUGUCACGUCAUCGAAAAAGGGUUACCCAACUGGGGUGUUUACGCUAUUAACCGGCUGCUACAGCCCGACAUGUUCAAAGGGGAACCACUGCUACAGCAUAACGUGCCCUUACUUACUUGAGAAACAGUCACAACUUGUGGUGCAUCCUUCCCUGCAGCAUUCUGACAGUCAUGAGAGCCUUGUGGAUAUUACGUCGCAGCUUUGGGCAGAAUCCGUGUCGAAAGAAGUGUAUGAAAGUGUGUCCGAGCGUGAGCGGAAGCGCCAGGAGGUCAUUUUUGAAAUCAUUUCAACGGAGCGGGCAUAUGUCCAGGAUCUUGAGUACUUGCGUGAUAUAUGGAUGCAGCCAUUGAGUACACAGCAUGUUCUUCCAGACUCGCGGCGCGCAGAGUUUGUCCAGAAAGUAUUUCGCAACCUACUAGACAUUUUGGCGAUCAAUUCCCGCCUUGCGGACAUGCUGACCCGUCGACAGCGUCACAGGUCCGUUGUCGAGUACAUUGGUGACAUCUUCGCUGAGCUUGUGCCGCACUUCGAACCUUAUGUAUAUUACGGAGCGAAUCAGGCUGCUGCGAAGCUCCGGCUUGAAGAUGAACGCGCUAUCAACCCCGUGUUUGCUAUGUUUGUUGAAGAUACGGAGCGCAAAGCGAUUUCUCGCAAGCUACAAGUCAAUGGUUUCUUAACCAAGCCGACAGCUCGUCUCUCACGAUACCCGCUUCUUUUCGAGCAGAUGCUAAAAUACACAUCGGACGACAACAUGGACAAGAUCUUGCUUCCGAAAGUGAUUCGCCAAAUCCAGCACUUUUUAAGCUUGACAAACGACGAAACCGGAAAGAGUGAGAACCGGAUCCAACUGGGAUUUUUGAGCCAGCAACUGCAGUUCAAGCCGAAUGAGAUGGUCGAUCUCCAGCUUGGCGAAGUCGGCCGUGAACUCGUGUUCAAGAAUGCCCUGAAAAAGCGCGGCACUCAGUCCGACAGCUCGGAAAUCCAAGUCUAUCUCUUUGACCACGCCUUGUUGAUGGUCAAGAUCAAGAUCAUUCACAAGAAUGAAGUGUUCAAGGUUUAUCGGCGACCCAUUCCUCUCGAGUUCUUGCAAGUCACCAUUUACGAGGAUACUCCUACGCCCAAGGGUACUCGUACUCGCUGGGUGUACUCGCGUUCUUCGAUUGGGAAUCGCACGUCGAUUGGGCCAAGUUUAGGUCAGACGCCCAUGCGUCAAGACAACAAGACUGGCUACGCCAUCACGUUCACGUAUCUUGGCAAGCUCGGCUACUCACUCACCCUAUGGGCCAGCACGUUGGCUACGCGCAACAAAUGGCUUGAGCACAUUGAAACGCGGCAGCAGAUCGUUCGGAACCGAAGCUGUGUGUUUGAUCUAGUGCCAGCGUCUCCCUUCAUGGUAGAGCAAGGAACAAAUCAGAUCACGUGUGCCGUUCCGUUCGACUUCGGACAUCAGGUCUUUUUCAGCAGGAAAGAUGGCAUCUAUCUGCUGGAUUUGCGUGACCGGAGCUGCGCGCCGUCACUCAUUCUACCGCUGACAGGAGUGACGCAGAUGGACGUGCUAGAAGAAUAUCAGAUCUUGAUUGUGCUGGCUGAGCAGGUCGUGUACACUUUUACGCUCGAUGCUCUCGAUGCCGCAGAUCCAAUUAUGUCGAUGAAACAAGGGCGACGUAUUGCAAGUCAUACGUCAUUUUUCCGUGCAGGCAUUUGCUUAGGGCGCACGCUUGUUUGCGUCGUCAAAUCGGGACCGGCAUCUUCGACGAUCAAGACACUUGAGCCAAUCGACUUUCAUUUGCGAGUGAAAAAGCAGCCACCGUUUAGGAAGGCGCUUCAAGGCGGACAGGAUACGCUGCGUGUUUUCAAGGAAUUCUACAUCCCCACAGAGUCAAGCUCCAUUCACUUCCUAAAGUCAAAGCUGUGCGUCGGUACUGCGAAGGGCUUCGAGAUUGUUGAUCUUGAAACUCUCGACACUCAAGGACUACUUGAUCCCGCUGAUUUGUCACUAGACUUUGUCCAACGGCAAGAAAAUCUCAAGCCCAUUGCGAUUUUCCGUAUUGAUGGAGAGUUUCUCCUGUGUUACAAUGAAUUUGCCUUCUACGUAAACAAGAAUGGCUGGCGGGCCAAAGGUCAGUGGCUCAUCAACUGGGAAGGCAAUCCAACAUCCUUCGCUCUUCACUAUCCUUACGUCCUGGCGUUUGACCCGCAGUUUAUCGAGGUGCGCAGUGUGGAGACAGGUGCCUUGCACCAGGUCAUCACCGGCUACAAUGUGCGCUGCCUCUUUGCCGACUCAGCUGCAUCGUCCCUUGCCACGUCCCGUAUGCAUCAUGCCCGCACGCAAAAAUUUGGCAUGCCCACCAUGUCACGAACACAUCCUGUUUACGCACCGUCAGCUAUGAAUUCCCCAGCUUAUGCCGCGACUUCUGUUUCCAAGGCUGCUGAUACUAGCGGCUCCCUAUACACAAGCUCAACACCACCCUAUAUUCAAUCUCGAACUGGACCAUAUGGAUACUCAGCUUCUCCAUCUGGCAGUCCAUAUGCAUCACCCGCCAUGUCUACUUCAUCAUUUUCUUUCAAUCCAUCCAUGUCUUCGUUAGGUUUGGGAACUCCCGCUACAGCAAGUUCUACUUCAUUGCAUACUCCAUUCCUAGAAUCCUUAUUAUCCAGUCGCAACGAAAUUCUCAUGGCUGGUGAUUCUUCUGCUUUCUUGAUCAAGCCACAUUCCGCCACGUAG